UGUCGAGAAAAUAAAAAUACAUCUAGUAAGUGUUGUAGUAUCUGUAACAGCAGCCUUGAUAUCCUUAAAUAAUUAUUUUUUUCUCAGAGGAAUAGUGAGUAGAAAGUGAAUUGAAAGAUCGUCCCAAUAUCUCACGCCUUAUGGAGGCAGGCCUAAGAUAUUUGUUGAAAUAAUUUAUGAAAUUUUAAACAAUUAGUUAUUUAUCAACAGGCCUAAAAUAUAACAUGACAUUCUAAAAAUUGUCGGUCGAAGCGUGUUAUUAAUAUAGCCUACAACUGCGAAUGAGUGAACAGUGAGUGAUCUAUUUCAAAAAAUUAACCAUUAAACCAAAUGUUUUCGAACAGCUCCGAACAACCAUAUUCACCGCAAAUGGAGGGGGAUAGCGCCCGUUAAGUUGCUUUGCACCAGGUUAAUGGAGAAAAAUGUCAGGCCCCACAGUCCUCAGUGUACAGUUUCACAUGCAGACCUAUCCUUGGCGGUUGCAAAAAUGCAGUCAGCCUCCAGCUUGGGCGGAGUGCCAAAAUCAUUACACAAUAAAGUGGGUCAAAAGGGUAGUUGUGAGAUAUAAACCGUGAUAUCACAGCAAUUAUAGGUAUACAUUAUAUAUGUUUCAACAGUCUACUCGGUUGUCUCUAUUGAUCUGAAUCUUGUUAUCCCGAUUUUGGACAAUGGCAAUGUCCGAUAAACUGCAACAUUGUGCAAAAAUCGUGAAUCCAAUAUCAAAGGUACAGUCUUUUGUAGUGGAAGUUUUAAUAACGAAACAGUUAAAGGCAACUCACUUUGAAGUGAGAUGCAGUGCCGUUACUUUACUUGCCUUGGAAAACAUUUUUUCUUAAUUGUUGCCGGGUACAAGUGUGAUUGGAAGUUAAAUAGGGAGAGAGUAUCGUUUAACGGGAAGCUCUGCCAAACAAAUAACCCCUCCACACUAUUCUUGCAAUCGUUUGUGAUGCAAAUCUUAAAACGUCUACUUUGAAUCACUUGGUGUCAAGUAUCCAAGUUAAAGAUUCUAAUUUAUGGUUGUGAGCUUCUCUUUCUCUUUUGAAAGUUUUCAAACCCGGAAUAUAGGACGAGGAAAUGAGAUUGAUGGAAACGUAUCGUAUUAUGAAAUGUAUGGACAAGGAUUGUGUUGGAUAAUUGAAAAUGAAUUAAGCCAAGAGAGGGGAGGGGCGAUAUUCCUUAACGAACCGGAGCGCCCGACCACCUUAAAACACGUCUCUUAUUUCGUUUUGCCUAAUCUGGCACAGUAGCAAACUUGCUCCAAACUGCAAUGCACUGUAUUCCUGGUACAGAACUCCAGUGUCCAUAUUAAUUUCAUCUGCCUUUGAAAUGCGUCUUCUGUGCUGAACUCCUAUUCCUAAAAUCUCCGGUCACGAGCUUGAACCUUUUGUACCCAAUGCUCCAGACGCCUUAUUAUAAACUUCGUGCUCCUGCCCGUGGACUCCACUGAACUCCAGGCUUCGUCCCAAUCUGCUUGUUUUCUAAGGUGAGUUGCAUGUUUCUCUCCGAACAAGAUUCAACCAAUCGGAAGCCAGGAAGAAAAGCAACAACAACUCUGCUGUCGCUGCAGUUUCCGAAUAGCCAGAAUCCUUCUGUAUUUGAAACAGUACUCUCCCCAGUAAUUUCAAGAGGAUCUUACAUACAGCUCACGAAUUGAUGGUGUGGCGUCUUAAAGCAUUCUGGGAGAUAAAGCGAACCAGGAAACAUGCAAUGUACCGAUCGACCACAACAGGCAGUCCUGUAAUAAAACUCAGGAAAUACAGUGACCUCCCAACAGCGAACUUUUACUUACUUUCCCUGAAAAGAAAGCGCACGCUAGCUCAGGACGUGCAGAGUUGGACCUUGGCGAAUCACAGAUUUUCUCAGUUUAAGUUCCUCACCGUUGGCCACGUUCUUCAAACGAGUUUGGCACCAGACUCUCCGCGCUGCCUGCUUUGCUUGUAUCAGUUGUAAUUUCACGAAGCGGUGAAGGCGCUCGGAAGAGACAUGCUUCUGAAAAGAAGUCAUUACAGAACCCCCCCCAAAAAAGACGAGAUGAUACAGAAUCACAUUUCAGCCAUUCACAGUAAAACAAUGCUUUAAAGGCCGCAUCUUAUUUGCAUCCACGUCAAACCAGCGCGGGACUGCUGCUUUGAAACGGCGAAUUUGUUUCAGGAGCACUCAUUGCACCGUUUCCUGGGGAGACAUGCCAUCAGCCUGAAAUAUUGGAAGCUCCUGAAUCAGCCUUUCGCUGAAGUUGCCGAACUUUGCCCGUCAGCCCGCUGAUAGGAAUUUAGAGCAAAGUUGCGGAGCAUCAUAACCGGCAUAAAGCAAGGCAGAUGCAGAGUUACCAAUAGUGCCAGUGACCGGCCGUUCUGCCAUGACACUCUAUUCUCAGAGGAUUGUGCCUCUGCUGCCCCCUGAUCUCUUGUAUUUAAAAUGCAGGACGUGGUCGUAUCCAUCCGGAGGUCAUUUGCAGCAAACUGUUCUCGUACACUCAGCCUUGCUGAAGUGCAUUGCAACUUUUCGGUUUGUAUUGAAGAAAAUCAUCAUCAAACUCCAGAAAUCUCAAUUUCGUUAACACCAGGCCACACUUUGCUGCGCUGUGCCUACAUCUACCCCCAAAGCAUCCUAACUUUAGAGAACAUGGAUGUCAUCUCGUCCCCACAAUACAACCGAUACUUCAGACGUGUGCCUUUUGACGUCAGCUCAAUGGAGAAAAAUGUUUCCAACCUGGUGAAGGCAGAGUUCAGAGUGUUUCGUUUACAGAAUCCAAAGGCAAAAGUAGAGGAACAACGAAUAGAACUUUAUCAGAUUCUAAAGCAUAAGGACAUAUCAUCUCCGAGCCAUCGGUAUAUUGACAGUAAAGUUGUACGAACGAGAACUGAAGGAGAAUGGCUGUCGUUUGACGUUACAGAGACAGUAAAUGAAUGGUUACUCCAUCGAGAGAGAAACAGUGGAUUUAAAAUAAGCCUACAUUGCCCAUGUUGCACAUUUGUGCCUUCAAGUAACUAUAUUAUACCAAAUAAGAGUGAAGAGCUGGAAGUUCGAUUUGCAGGAAUUUCCGAUAACUAUCCAGGAGAUUAUUCUGGUAUUGAUAAGGGAAAAAAAAGUAAAGACCAUAUUGGGAAAACAGCACAUCUCCUCCUCAUGCUAUUACCAACCUACAGACUUGAGUCACAGCAAUCUAGCCGGCGGAAGAAGCGUGCACUGGAUGCCACAUUUUGUUUUAGGAAUUUACAGGACAAUUGCUGUUUACGCCCACUGUACAUUGACUUCCGAAGAGAUCUAGGGUGGAAAUGGAUUCAUGAACCCAAGGGCUACAAUGCCAACUUCUGUGCUGGGGCCUGCCCCUACUUGUGGAGCUCAGAUACUCAACACAGUCAGAUACUUGGCCUGUACAACAAUAUAAACCCUGAAGCUUCCGCCUCCCCUUGCUGUGUUUCUCAAGACCUGGAGCCGCUCACUAUCCUCUAUUUCAUUGGCAAAAAUCCCAAAAUUGAACACCUUUCAAAUAUGAUUGUUAAGUCUUGCAAAUGCAGCUAAGAACGAAUAUGUCCCUUGAAAAUCCCAGGUUCAUCAGUGUUAAACAAAAGAACAAUACAUGGUACUAGUUUGAACUAUUCGGAAACUUUUUCUUGUUUAACUACCAACAGAAACAAAAGGAACAAAAUAUGUACAUUGAAGGCUUUAUUUCUAUCCUUCACCUACUAUUUUAGUGUGAUAGAUGAGACACAGAACCUUUAAUUUUUUUUAAAAUAAAACACUGGAAGAAUUGUAAGUGUUAAUAUGUGAAAUAAAAGGAGUCCCACUUAGUGGAAAUGCUGUACAGGUCCCGUGCCUUACUUGAUCUCUUGUGUAUUGUUAUGCAGUUGGCAUCCUAUAUACUCCUUUCUAAGGGCACAAGUAUAAUCAAAUGUAAUGCUGAUCUGUUCAUCGAGGGAAUAUGUUAUUGGGUCAAUAUGGCAGAAAAUGGCAAGACAAUUUGAAAUCAAAAUGAAUGGUCAAAUAUCAUAUUGGCUUGGAAUGCUGGCAGUAAAAAUCAGAGUGAUAGGAGAAAGAAGUAAUAUCAGGUAGAACACUUAGUAUCCAAAUGUUAAGAUACUUAGAGGAGAAGUGUCUUCACAGUAAAGAAUUUCUGGCUAAAGAAAGAUUUGAAUAAUUUGGUGAGAAAGCUCAGAGUCAGGGUUAAUAUUUCAAAAUAAGAGUUCAGCUAAUGUCUUUCCUUUCCCCCCUCUGCAUUCGUUUCAACAUCUGUAAACAUGUUAACCUCAAAAAUGUAGUGGUGCAGAGUCUUACGCAAUAGGUGUGCUGUUUGGGUAAUUAGCUGCAGCGAUCAGCAUGGUUGAUAGAGAAUGCUCCUAAUUUUCCAACAAUUAAAGUCAAUGGCCAGAACAUCAGGGGUGGCAGAGAUUGGACUCAUUAAAUAAUCGCAAGUCUAUUUUUAUAUACUACUUUGCUGAUAUAAUUCCACAGUGCGCCAGUUCUGGCAAAUCUGUCUUUGUGUUUACAGAUUUUCGUGCAAAAUUGUGAUGCUCCUGUUCCAGUGCAGGUCAGACGUGCAGAGGUCAGCAUUCACAAUCUGUGGGACUUGUAAUAUUAUGGCCUCUAUUUUUAAUAUCUGAAAAACUGGCUAAGCAUUAACUCAGGUGCACUGAUCUUUCUACCAUCUCUUCAGUCUGCCCUCCUGUUGAGCAAGACUGCACAGCAGGAGCAGAUUCCUCCAAAUCCAGGGCAAAUGUAUUUGCAAAAACAAAUGCAGAAAUUAAAGUAUAUGGGGCUUAUUUUCAAUGCGCUUUCAGGUUCUUGGGCUUCUGUACUUGGACUUUAUCUUUAAAAGCAGUUAAGGAAAUGCCCCUUGCUCCCACAUAUCAAACCGAAAGUGUGCUAAGUAACAUUCUCCUUUCUCCAAAUUGAUCAUCAACCUAUAUACUAAAUUUCAACUCUAACUCUGCUAUAAUUUCUUGUUUUAAAUCUGUUAGUGUGAUGCUUUAUUGUUGCCAGUUACUAAUGAGUGAACAAUUAGCAAACACAAAACUGAAAUGUGUACAGUAUUGUUAAAAAUAAAGAAAAUAGAACAACAAUAUGAAAGUGACGCUUCUGUUUACACCAAGGUUUUAUCUGCAAGGAUAGUCUAGCCAUUAUAACACUUUUCUGACCAGGCACCCAUUCUGUUUUAGGCUGGAAACAGGUCAAUAGUAUUAAUUCUAGGAUUGUGCCUUUUUAAUCAUAAGUUAUAUUAGGGAUGCUAUAAGAUGCUGCAACACAGAAUAAGAGAAUAUGGGUUUGUAUCUGCAGUUCUUCAAGUGGUGUUAUUCUCAUUUUAAGUGGAGACCAAUUAUUUUUCCACAGAAGAAAAAUCAUUAGGGUUCAUUGAUCCAUUAUAUCCCAUGUCUUAUCGUCAUUAAUAGAGUUCCUUCAUGUGCCUUAUGAACACUGGGAUGAGUCCGCUUUCCAAGAGAGCUUCAUUUCUUUCUUUCAUUGUAUGACCUCAGAAGGUGGAACAAUAGUGCUGAAUCCUUUGACGUUACUAUGCUGGUGGAUGAGCCAUGAAACAUGUCUGUUCAGGCUACAGCUGAAAGGAGGCGAAUCUCAGAUCUCCCCUGCCCAUCAUAUUAAAAUGUUGCUUCCUGAUCAGAAGCUCCGUGUUUUAAUUCUGCUCUGCAAAGUGGUACAUUCUUAACUAGUAUUUCUGAAUUUUCUGUGGCUGCUGGAUAAUGUCUCCUCAGCAGAAUGCUAUUUAAAUCCUAAUCAAGAAACAUUAUAAUGACUGGCAGAGUAUCUAUGAGAUGCCUAACUCAAAAUAAUGGCUUAGAAUGGGUUAUUGCGGACAAAUUCAUGGGACAGCAAUCAGUGCUUUAGGAAAGUAGCAAAGAAGUGGAUCAAUUUUUCAAAAAUCCAAUGGAGGCAAAAUGGGAUUCCUUCUAUACAGUAUGAUAACUACCAAGAGAGAGGUAUCUUUCUACAUUGCCUCAGUAAUAUCCCUGGUCGGUAACUAGGGUACAGCACUGAAGGUGCAGCUGGAAAACAGCAUGUAUCAUCUAUAUGGUAGCAUCUCUCAGCUGAGAAGGACAGCAGGACUAUUCAAGUGCUAGGUAUUACUUAGUUGGAGGAGUUAUAAAAAGUCAGUUUUAUCAUAAUGUAGGCCUUUUUUUCACUUCCAAUGUAUUUUAAUUGUGAAAACCUAUUUUAAAUAUUAAUUUCAAAAGUCUUCCAUUAUUAUACCAUGGGAAUAUCCCACUGUUGUGACUAUUUCCAUUUAUAUCGUAAGUGCAAACUAAAUAUAAGGUCACUAGAAAAAUAUGCAAGAAACUCCAUGCUAAACUUUCACAAGUUAACUCAUGGAAAUAACAGUGACCUUUGACAGCUUCCUUAAGAUAUACAGUGGAAAAUACGCUGAUGUAGUUGUAUAAAUAAAAUAAAUAUCCAGAUUCCCCUCAUUACUUCUUAUGACUCACUGAUGUGGAUAGGGCAUUCAUUUAAACCAUUUAAAAAUCCUUGUGCCUGUGAUGCUCAUCAUACUAGAUGAUAAAACCAUGUUAACUAUUUUAUAAUACUGCCUAUUCAUUUUAGAUCUUUUCCCAUAUGAUUUACAUUGUUCAUUGAGAUAUAAAGAAUAAAUCAUUUUAAAGGGUCAGUGCCUUCAAAAAAAAGUAGUUGGCAACAUGUCUUUUAUUUGGCAAGUGUGAAGACUCAUGCAUCAUCUUCAUUAUUGUAGUAUUGCCUGCAAUGAUACAUUUUGGCCAGAUUUACAUCUAUGAGGUAAUUGUGUCAUGUGUUUCAGACAAAUGAAAAAAUUGUUUGCCAAAUACCUUUUUCAUGAAGACAGUGGGCUUAACUUAGUUCUCAUCUAACACUUUUUAUACAGCAGUUGAAAUUCACAAAAUAUGCAUUGUGGAUAAAUACAUGGAAAUAGCUUCUGACAUGUUUAAGCACUUUUGUCAGGGAUAACUUAUCUUUAACUCUCUGGGUGUCAUUCAUUGUGGAUGGUAUGAGGGUCUCUAUAUGAAUGGCAUAAUUUGUCUUUUAGCUCUAAUAGAAGGAGAUGGGAUGCCAGAAUGUCAAACUAUACUUGACUGCGCUGGACGCAGCCAAAUGUUGAAUGCUUUUUUUAAAAAAAGACCUAUCUCUGUAUUUUGCUCAAUAUUUCUUUCUGCUGCUUUUUUUUGCCCCAUUAGGAUGAAGUUUCUUUUCCUCAGGAUUGCACUGAUACUAUUAUAAAGCUUUCUCUUGUAAUGCUGAAGUCUCUGAAUCUAUUGUUUUUUUAAAUUGUAUACUUAUUUCUUGAUCCUUAGUAAAUGUUGGACAUUUUAUGA